AUGUUUCUUGAUAACUACAUAGCAGCCAGAGAGUCUACAGAUAUGGAAAACCUAGCCGGUCAUGAAGAACAACCUGCUAGAAAACCUCCAUUACCUGGAAUGCUAUAUGGACAUACAUCUGCGGAAGCCUUAACAACAUCAUUUAAAGAAUCUCCAAGAAGAAACAAAAUUCAAAGAAAGUAUCCCAUUUGUAUCUUCUGUGAACAAAAUCACUGGAGUGACGAAUGCAAAGAAUUCAGGACAGUUGAAGACAGAAAACAAAAGAUUAAGGGAAGAUGUUAUAUUUGUCUUAGGCCAGGUCAUCUUAGCAAAGACUGCAAAGUCGACAAACCAUGUUUCCAUUGCCAUCAGACAAAGAAACAUCACCGAAGUCUCUGCAACAAGAAAAUGCUGCCUUUGAGAGAAACCUCAAACUUUGUUGAAUCAUCCGAACUAUGUGACUCAGAAACAGUUAACAAUGUUCGAGAAAACAGCCUACUGUCAUCAGGAAGUAUGGUCCUAAUGCAAACUGCAAAAAUUGAUGCAUCAGAUCUGAAUGGAUCGAGAUUUGAAACAAUAAGAAUUCUCAUGGACUCUGGGUCUCAAAGAACGUAUGUUACCGAGGAAUUAGCUUCAAGAUUGAAUUUGAAGAGGAAAAGAACAGAGGAAAUAUCACUUGUCACCUUUGGAUCCACGAAACCGAAAAUAGUAAAAACUCCAAAUAUAUCUUUAAGAAUUAAACUGAAGGAUGGACACCACAUGAGAAUUGAAGCAAAUGUUGUGCCUCAAAUAACCGGACCAAUACACAGACGACCGUUACCACCUAACAUCAUUGAAAAGGUACAGUGCCAAUGGAAACAUCUACAGUUUGCAGAUACCUUACCAAAAACUACAGAGAAUUCAACUAUAGACAUCCUUAUUGGGAAUGACUAUUAUCUUGAUUUGGUAUCAUCAGAAAAAAUUGAAGUUGACCAUGGACUUUACUUGCUCUCAUCAAAAGUAGGAUGGAUUCUCACUGGACGAACACAAGCUAACUUUGAGGUAUCCAGAGAUAAUUUACACCAAAUGCUGAUUGUAAAUGGAAACAGUCUAACAACGGAAUAUUGUCUUCAUUCCUCUGUCGAUGAAUGUUUGCCCUUGAAGCCAUCACUAGACGAGUACUGGAACUUGGAAACUAUUGGAAUCAAGGAUCAGCCCCACUCAUCAGAUGAUGACAAGGCUUUAAAAAACUUUAACGAAAUAAUAAAACUAGUCAAUGGUAGAUAUCAAGUCACUUGGCCCUGGAAGGAUGAGCAACCUGAACUCCCAGAGAACAGAGAACUUGCCUUUGGAAGGUUGAAAUCUCUACUUCAAAAACUAAAAAAGAACCCUGAGCUGCUGCACCAAUAUGAUGGAAUAAUUCAGGACCAAUGCAAGCAAGGUAUAAUUGAAAAGGUGACAAAGAGCAGUGAAGUGAAGAAUAGUGUCAAACACUACAUACCCCAUCAUGCUGUCAUUGAUCCAACAAAGCCUACCACAAAAGUACGGAUCGUCUAUGAUGCAUCGGCAAAGGUCAAACCAGAGUGUAACAGCCUUAACGAGUGUCUUUACAGAGGACCAGUGAUGCUAAAUGAUUUGUGUGGACUGUUGUUGAGAUUUAGAAUGAAAAGGAUUGCAAUUAUUGCUGACAUAGAAAAGGCAUUUUUACAGAUUGAAUUACAAGGAAAGGACAGAGAUGUGACAAGAUUCUUUUGGUUAAAGGAUAUUGAAACUCCAUCCACAGAGAACAAUAUUCAAGUAUACAGAUUUACGAGAGUUCCAUUUGGGGUUAUAUCAAGCCCUUUUCUAUUGGCUGCAACUUUAGAUUACCAUCUUGGAAACUACAACACUGCAACAGCUGAAAACAUAAGACGUAAUAUCUACGUGGAUAAUGUUAUCACUGGUGUAGAGUCUGUCUCAGAGGCUAGGAAACUAUAUACAGACGCCAAAGAGAUCUUCAGUACCAUGUCAAUGAAUUUACGAGACUGGGCAUCUAACUCCACAGAAUUUAGCCAUCCAAGAGAUGAAACUCAUAUUCCACCUAUCACCAAGAGGAAAGUCCUUCAAAGAAUUGCUUCUGUUUUUGAUCCACUUGGGUUCUUUACCCCAGUUACUUUGAGAACAAAGUUGUUUCUACAAACAUUAUGGAACCAAAAGAAAGAGUGGGAUGAAGAACUGACCAAAGAAGACAUUCUGCGCUGGGAAAAUAUAUCCGCAGACCUGAAUGAUAUUCCCAAUUGCCCUAUUCCUCGUUUUAUUGGACUUCCUGGUACAGUGACAUACAAUUUAAUGUGCUUUUGUGAUGCAUCAACUAAAGCGUAUGCAUGUGCGGUCUAUUUACAUCAGAGCAACAAAGAAAGAAGUACUGUCAACCUGCUGUUUUCUAAAACUCGAUUAGUGCCACUCAAAAAAAUAACACUGCCUAGAUUGGAACUAUUGGCUGUUGUCAUUGGAGUCCGAUGCAUUAACUUUGUUGAACAACAACUGAAGUUACCUGUCACAGAAAAGAUCCUUUGGAGCGAUUCCCAAUGUGUAUUACAUUGGAUAAGAAUGAAGAAACCUCUGAAAACUUUUGUGGAAAACAGAGUAAAAGAAAUCAGAAACAACAAGGAUAUCACUUUUCAAUAUGUGUCUACAAAGGAUAAUCCAGCUGAUAUUGCAAGCAGAGGAACAACAGUUAAAACUCUUCAAGAAUUUGAACAAUGGUGGAAUGGUCCAGAAUGGUUAAUUAAGAGGAAAGAUAAUUGGCCUUCAUGGAACAGUCAACAAACCUGUAAAGAAAUGCAGAGUGUCAUAGAAUCAGAAUGCAAGACUCCAGAGAUAGUUUAUGAAGCAAAGCUGGUGGCUGGGGAGAGUCCUAACGGAAGAAAAAACAACUCAGAUUGUGACUCAACUAGAUAUCCAAACAUCAUUGACUACCAAAAUUUUUCAUCAUUUAUAAACCUUACUCGAGUUUUAGCAUGGACUCUUAGGUUUAUCAAAAGUGAGUGA